AUGAAAAAUUUGGGGAACCUCAAAUACUUCUUGGGGAUAGAAGUACUACGGUCCGAAGGAGGAAUCUUCUUGAGACAGAAGAAGUACAUCCUGGAUAUUCUAGUGGAGACAGGCUUAAUUGAUUGCAAACCCGCCGAUACACCAAUCCUAGUGAACCAUGGGCUGCAGAUCUCUGAGGAAGCUAAAUUAGCAGAUCAAGGCAAGUACCAGCGUCUGGUGGAGAAACUCAUCUACCUCUCUCAUACUAGACCAGACAUUGCGUAUGCAGUAGGAGUAGUGAGCCAAUUCAUGCAUCGACCACAAAAAGAUCACUUUGAAGCUGCUUUGAGGAUCGUGCGGUAUCUCAAAGGAACGGUCGAACAUGGUAUAAUGUUCAGAAAGAAUAAACACCGAGGAGUUUAUGGAUUCACCGAUGCUAAUUGGGCGAGUAAUCCAAUUGAUCGGAAGUCGACUGCUGGGUACUUCACGUUUGUAGAAGGUAACCUAGUAACAUGGAGGAGUAAGAAACAAAAAGUGGUAGCAUUAUCAAGCGCGGAAGCUGAAUUCCGAGGGAUAAGAAGUGGAUUAAUUGAGAUCUUAUGA